CCGUCGCCCUCUAGCGACUUAUCUGCAGAAGCGCCAUCACUGGUUCUUGGGGGCUUAGUGGAAACUAUGGGGUCCACCAGUGUCCCACAGGUCAAGGUCCUCCAUAGCUCCGUCUCGGACUAUGUCAACUAUGACAUCAUUGUUCGGCAUUACAACUACACAGGCAAGCUGAAUACCAGCGCAGACAGGGGGAAUGAUCUUAAAAGGACUUCAGUGGUUUUCAUUCUCAUCUGGUUGCUUCAUCAUCUUGAAAACAUCUUUGUUCUGCUGACCAUUUGGAAAACCAAGAAAUUCCACCGACCCAUGUACUAUUUCAUUGGCAACCUGGCCCUCUCUGACCUGUUGGCAGGAGUGGCCUACACAGCCAAUCUACUCUUGUCUGGAGCUACCACCUACAAGCUCACCCCUGCCCAGUGGUUUCUGCGGGAAGGGAGUAUGUUUGUGGCUCUCUCUGCUUCAGUGUUCAGCCUCCUGGCCAUUGCCAUUGAACGUUAUAUCACCAUGCUGAAGAUGAAACUCCACAAUGGCAGCAACAGCUCCCGCUCUUUUCUGCUCACAAGUGGCUGUUGGGUCAUCUCUCUCAUCUUGGGGGGCCUGCCCAUCAUGGGCUGGAACUGCAUCGGGACUCUGUCCAACUGCUCCACGGUGCUUCCCCUCUACCACAAGCACUAUAUCCUCUUCUGCACCACCAUCUUCACUCUGCUCCUGCUUUCUAUCGUCAUCCUCUACUGCAGGAUCUACUCGUUGGUCAGGACUCGUAGCCGACGUCUGACAUUUCGCAAGAACAUCUCCAAGGCCAGCAGAAGCUCUGAGAAGCUGGCACUUCUCAAGACUGUGAUCAUCGUUUUGAGUGUCUUCAUCGCCUGUUGGGCCCCCCUCUUCAUCCUACUCCUGCUGGAUGUGGCUGCAAGGCGAAGAACCUGUGACAUCCUUUUCCGAGCGGAAUACUUCUUGGUCUUGGCUGUGAUCAACUCUGCCACCAACCCUAUCAUUUAUACACUGACCAACAAGGAGAUGCGCAGGCUUUUCAUCCGGAUCAUGUCUUGUCUGCAAAUGCCGAGUGGGGACUCCACAGGCAAAUUCAAACGUCCCAUCAUCGCAGGCAUGGAAUUCAGUCGCAGUAAAUCAGACAAUUCCUCCCAUCCCCAGAAGGAUGAUGGGGACAACCCAGAGACUAUCAUGUCUUCUGGCAAUAUCAACUCAUCAUCCCUAAAACUGAGACAUGUUGGUCCACCACAGAUUGCUCAUCGCCUGGUCAUCCACCACUGCAGUGUCUGA